GGCAAAGUGGGACAUUCUGGGAUCAAAUCAGAAACAGGGACAGCUUCUGUAAAUCUGGGACUGUCCCUGGAAAAUAGGGACAUUUGGAAGGUCUGUCUUAUGUGGUAGGUAAUAAUCUUGUUUAGCUAUGAUUCCAUGAAUCUAUGAGCAGGGCGGGAGAGGGGUGAGGCAAAGCAUAUGUCACAACAGCUCGGCCUGCUUCUCUCCGCUUGAUGAGAUGCUCCAGUGCCCAUCAUAUUGACAUUUCCCACUUCUGCUCCACUGAGCCAGGCGGGGUGGUUAAAUAAUCGAGUCAGGCAGGGAGAGACUUGGCAGUCGGUGCAACAGAGUGAGCCCAGCGGAGCCCAGUUUUCCAGGAUGAGCGCCUCAGCCAUCCGCCGAAAGUCCUACAAGAGAGCCCAAGAGGAAGCCGGGCUGUUCUCCCCCGUCCACUGGGAGGGCGACAAGGGCAGCAACGGAGACGUUCCAGCUGGGAAGCUGCAGGUCAUGGAAAAGUUCUUCACACCUGUCCGGCAGACCAAGGAGAACAAGGGGGCCUCCGCCUCUUCCUCCACCGGCUUGGGGCUCAGGGACUGCAGCAGCUGCCACCAGCAGUGGGCCGAGAGCCGGAGCGGCCACUUCUCCACGCUCUCGUCAUCCUCGGCCUCCUCCACCUCGGCCUCCUCCUCAGCCUCUAGCUCGGCCUCGUGGUCCUCUGAAGCCAGCCUGGACAAAGAGGCCUUCUUGCUGACCAGCUCUCGCUAUCACCCCCAGCACUCGCAGUCCUGCGUGGACCUUUCGGGAGAGGCCAGGGCCUUCCGCCGUGGUCGGGAGGAAGAAAUGGCGGAGUUCGAGGAGGAAGAAGUUCCCGGCUCCUUCAGCCGCUUGAGGAAAGGACAGAGCAAGAGUGCCGACCGGCUGGGCAACCGCCACGGCCUGCAGUCGCAGCCUGGCCAACCCGAUGGAGUGGACAGACACCUCUACAAGGCCGCUAGCCUGGAGCGCAGCCUCGCCUUCAGCGAGCAGGCGGAAAUCCUGGCCCCGCGGCAGCCCCAUUACACCGGGGCUCCGGCGCCGAGCAAAGGAAUCUUGAAAAAUGGGGCAGUGGCCGGUGGCGACUGGCUGCGGAAGGCCAAGUCCAUUGAGACCAUCACUGUGCGGUCCAUAGGGAAGGAGCCUCUGUCUGCCCCCGGGCCUGCUAGGCCUCUCCAGAGGGAGAAGCAACCCCCAAACAGCUUGGAUCUGAGUACCCCCAAAAAGCCCCCCGUCACAGAAAGGAUGAAGCUGGUGGAGGAGAAGCUCCGCUUCUCAGAGUUCCUGAACGAGAUCACCCAGCAGGUGAUGAGCCCCUCCAGCCUCAGUUCGCUGGGCUGGAAGCCCCCAGAGCCCUCCCUGGCCAGCAAGGCCCCCAGCACCGACGGGUCAGACUCGAAAGGCUCCAGCAGCAAAGGCAGCUCCCCUGGGUCCUUGCUGGAGAUGGCUGAGGCGAAAGCAGAGGCAGCGGCGAGGAGGAGGACGGGGCAGGCCGAGGCCAAGGUGGACGCCCUUCCCAGCCCCCACAGCCGACCCCAAGCCAACCUGGCCUUUGGCAGGGCCACAGAUGAGGCCAGUACCAGUCCGGAACUGGCGCCCUUCGCUCACUUGCCAGCUAAGCUGGGGAGUUUGCCUAAGCUGCCAGGAGAGGCAGCCAAGCGGCCAAAGAAGCCCAGCGAAGCCAAAGGUGGACACGGGCAGGAGGCCAAGAGGCUGGAACAGCCCCUCAAGAAAGCAGAGAAGGGCCUUCCUGCCGGAGGGACAGCCGAGAAAGCCAACCCCCUGGAAGAGCAUGAGGGUGUAGCCGCGAAGAAGAGGAUGCACAACAGCAAGGAGCUGCUGGCAGAGGCAGAACAACCUGUGCCCUCACAGGAGCAGGAGCCAGCAUCCCCAGCGCAGGAGGAGGAAGCAGAUGCCAAACCCAGAACGGCUCAGCGAGACCUGCAGAAAACCUGGGACGAACUGGACGCUCUAAAAGAAAAAUUUAGCAGGCUUCAGGAAGACUAUUCCAACACACGGCUCACUAACCAGCUGCUGGAAGACAGACUUCAGAUUAUUGCUCAGAGCAUGGCUGAAGAAAAGCAAACUUUGAACCAGCGGAUCAAUGAGUUGCUGGAGAGGCUGAUCAGUGCCCAAAACACGAUUUGCACCUUGGAGAAAAUUAACAUCUCAGGGCUGCUGGCAAAGCCCAGCCUGGAAAAGCAGCGGCGCAGUGGGAAGGACGAGUCUCCCUCCGACAGCCUCUGCUCUCUGCACAUUCUGGAUGUCGCGCCCCCUCCUGCUUUCAUGGAUGGCGCCUCUGAGACACAAACCACCUCCAACCAGUCCGACUCGGCCACCGAAACCAGCAAGCUGGGCUGCAGCUCCGAAUCGGACACAGCAGCCGGGCCUAGCGAGGAGAGGAGCCUCCUGCUGAAGUACGAAGCGGCCCUGGUGGCGGCGUCCCCAGAAGGGCCAAAGAGACACAGCAAGAGCCACAGCCGGGCCACAGCCUUCAUCCCCUGGAAGCAGAAGUCCACCACGUUCUCAACGCAAGACACGAAUUCGACAGAAAGCGAGUGCAGCGGGGAGGAGGAAGCAGCCCCGCUUUGCCCUCUCCCAGCCCCACGCUUCCUAUACUUGAGGCAGGAGGCCCUGGUGGCCCCGCCAGGGCCCAGCAGCCAUUUCCCAGCCUUGCCCACACUGCAGCCAGAGGUCUUUGAAGCAGCCCACCUGCCGUCCCCCACUAACCUGCCGCCCAGUGGGAAGCUUGAGGAGAUGGUGCCAGAAAUGAGCAGCUCUGAGAGCUCUGAGGAUGGCGAGGUCUCCUGGAGCCCUGGCCUGGUGGAGAAGACAUCAGGAGGACCCCACCUGGAUUACCAGUCGGCCCAAAAAAUGCUUGACGGCUUGCUGCAGAAGAGCCGCCGGGGGAAUGAACCACCCAAGGCGGCCAGGUUGGAAGGCUUCCGCUUAGCUGGUGCCACAGAGGGGAACGGAGCAGGCCGGGGCCUCCCUCACUACCACCACCAGCAGCAGCAGCAGCAACACAGGAUCCGUUACUACCAAGAGUUCCCGAGUCCUGAGGAGGGAAAGAGCUAUCCAUGCCCCCUGGGCACCAAGGGGGCAGUGGUGGGGCCAGAGGGCAGCGAUGCUGCACAAGAUUCUACAUCCCUCUGAGGUGGGACGAAAGGAAGCCGCUCCCUUAGCCAUGCCAUACUUCCCACCCCCUGCAAUCCAUGGGACUGUUUUCCCUUACUCAGUGGUGAAGAAAAAGCACUCUGCACGUGACUCAGAUGAACUUUCUCCUUUAGGCUUAUCUUCCUAUGAAUCAGGGCCUGAACCAGGUCCUGAGCUAAGCCCCUGGACCCCAUGGGAACCUUGACCAGCUCCUUUCCCACCUCUCCUCCAGGUGUGACUUUUGGUUGUAAUUCAAUCCCCGUUUUGCUUUAAAAAGGAGCAGCAGCAGCUAGGUUAUAUUAAAUCUCUGUCUUGUAGUUUGGAAAGUUUAUUUUAGUGAAGAGGAAAUCUGAUGAUGUGCUUCUUCUUUCGUAACAAAUGGGGCGCAACUUAUUUACAGCGUGAAGUACGUCAGACACAUGAGAAGCAGUCACCUAAAGGACAAUUCACUAUUUGCAUUCAGAAGUGUGUGUUGUUGUUGUUUAAAAUUAAUUCCCAUGAGGCAGAACUUUCCAAACUUUUCAUGUUGGUGACACUCUUUUUAGACAUGCAUCAUUUCGCGACACAGUAAUUCAGCUUCACAAUGGUACCUCAGGUAAUGAACUUAAUUCAUUCCAGAGGUCUGUUUUUAAUCUGACACCGUUCUUAACCUCAUGGGGCUUCCCACUGCCGCCACGCCACCGGCGUGAAAUUUCCAUUCUCAUCCUGGGGCAAAGUUCUCAACCCGAGGUACUACUUCCGGGUUAGCGGAGUUUGUAACCCAAAGUGUUUGUAACGGAGGUACCACUGUACUAGCAAACUGAAGGUUAAAUGAACGUAUUCACAUGACACAUCUACAUACUGCAGCCAAAAUGCUAAUGUGUCGCUACACACAGUUUAGAAAGCUCUGCUGUAAGGGCUUAGUAUGGCAAAGAAUGAUCUAAUUUUCUAACCAGGCUUUUACCUGUAAGCAUUGUAUCAGGCCAGCACUGUUCUUGUGGGUUUUCGUUGGGUGGUUGUUAGCUUUUGAAGACUAUGAACUAGAAAAUGUAUAAGCAACUAGAAUUCUAAACAGGUCAUAUGGGUUUACCACUCAUCUUCAACAUUCUCCCACCUCCUUGAUCAAAAGAAGGAUGGCUCAAAAUAAUGCCAUAUUGGGGAAGGUACAAUUCGGAAUAACAGGAUUUAAACUAAAAUACAAAGAAUGCUUGAACACUGUAGAAAAUAGGGCAAUUUUACAACCAGUGAGGAAGCACAGUGACAGCUUAAUUUUAAUUUUCUAUAGUGGAAAUCCUGGUGGAGUAUUUUUCUUUUAUUUUCAUCCCUCAGAUGUGCACAGAACCGGCAAACUAUGUGACGAA